AUGUCUAACGAGCAGGACAAACUGGCGAAGGAUUUGGAAGAAAAGGCCAACAUUUCUGACGCCAAGCCGGCCAAGAAGUUCAACUUCAACUUCAACGCCUCCGCAAAGUCGAGCUUUGUUCCCGGACAGUUCAACCAGUAUGGCCAGUACGGUGGUGGUGCCCAAUCCUCGAACUUUGGCUACCAAGAUUACAGCAACUAUGCCCAGCGUCCUGCGCAGGGUGCUGCUCAGGCAGAGCCUGACUCCAGCAGCAUGACUCUUGAGGAGUAUCAGAAGCAGUCCAAGGCCAACCUGAGCACUCGUGGUAAAGUUGGUGGUGGAGCCAAGGUCCUGUCUGUUGGUGGCGCCAAGAAAGCCGACUCACCUAAAGUUCUUAAAAUCGGUGGUGCUAAAAAGGAGGAGUCUCCUGAUCCCAAGGCAGCUCCCAAGGCAGCUCCCAAGGCAUCGCCCGCUGCUGCCGCUGCCGCUGCCGCUGCUGCCGCUGCUGCUGAGGCUCCCGCCGCUUCUCCUGCCCCAGAAACUACUUCUUCAGAGACCACUGAUGCCGAUGCCAUUGCUCAGGAGCAUGAGCAGCUCGACCAGGAAAUCGUCGAGGACAUGUUUGGUGGUGCCGACGUAAAGGAGCACAUGUCGAUCCUGUUUAUGGGCCAUGUCGAUGCCGGUAAGUCCACCAUGGGCGGUAACCUGCUGUAUUUGACUGGAUCCGUCGACAAGCGUACCGUUGAAAAGUAUGAGCGUGAGGCUAUUGAUGCUGGUCGCCAGGGUUGGUAUCUUUCUUGGGUCAUGGACACAAACAAGGAAGAGCGUAACGAGGGUAAGACUAUCGAAGUUGGUCGCGCUGUGUUUGAGACCGAGAAGCGUCGCUACACCAUUCUGGAUGCUCCCGGCCACAAAAUGUAUGUUCCAUCUAUGAUUGGCGGUGCUUCGCAGGCAGAUGUUGGUGUCUUGGUUAUUUCUGCCCGUCGUGGUGAGUACGAGACCGGUUUCGAGAAAGGCGGUCAGACCCGUGAGCACGCUAUUCUCGCCAAGACCCAGGGCGUUGAGAAGCUCGUGGUUGUUGUUAAUAAAAUGGAUGAUUCCACCGUCGCCUGGUCAAAGGAACGUUACGACGAGUGUACCAAAAAGCUUGCCGUAUUCCUCAAGGGUACUGGAUACACUGAUGUCACUUUCAUGCCUGUCUCUGGUUACACUGGUGCGGGUCUUAAGGAGCGGGUGCCCAAGGAAACCUGCCCCUGGUAUGACGGACCUUCUCUGCUCGAGUUCCUGGACAACGUUCCCCUAGAGAACCGUAAACUCACUGCACCUUUCAUGCUGCCUGUUUCGGGUAAAUCUAAAGACUUGGGCACUGUUGUCGAGGGCAAGAUCGAGAGCGGCAGCAUCAAGAAGGGUAACAGUUUACUUAUGAUGCCUAACCGUACCCAGGUCGAGGUUAGUGCCAUCUACAAUGAGAGUGAGGCUGAGAUCCCCGGUGCCAUCUCUGGUGAGCAGGUCAAGAUCAAGCUCCGUGGCAUUGAAGAGGAGGACAUUCAAAUUGGCUUUGUGCUUACAUCUGCAAAGAACCCCAUCAAGGCUGUCACACGGUUUGAGGCUCAGGUUGCCAUUGUCGAAGUCAAAUCCAUCUUGACUACUGGUUAUUCUUGCGUUAUGCACGUGCACACUGCUGUCGAAGAGGUCACGUUCACCGCAUUGCUCCACAAGCUUGAAAAAGGCACCAACCGUAAAUCCAAGAAACCGCCUGCCUUUGCCAAGAAGGGCAUGAAGAUUAUUGCCCGCAUCGAGGUCGCUGAGCCGGUAUGCGUCGAAGUCUUCUCCAAGCUGCCUCAGCUAGGCCGUUUCACCCUGCGGGACCAGGGCCAGACCGUGGCUAUUGGUAAGAUCACCAAGUUGCUCGACUAG